AUGCCAGUUGGUAAGCAAGACUUGGACAAUUCAGGACUGACAGACAUUCACAGCCAAUCCAAGCGUCGCAUUCUAUUCAACAAGUACCAAAUCACUGAACUGGAGAAGCGCUUCAAGGUGCAGCGCUACCUCACCGCCCAGGAGCGUGAGGAUUUGGCCCGGACCAUCGGUUUAACUCCCACUCAGGUGAAAAUUUGGUUCCAAAAUCAUCGGUACAAGAUUAAGCGGUCGGGUGAUGAUGCAGCUGCAACAGCAGCAGCAGCCACUGCUUUUAUGAUUCAUCCAAAGUUCCUUCCUUUGAAACAAGAACCGUCAAUUGUCAAGGCCAACGAGGUGGACACCUUUGGUGGGUCGUUGAAUCCCUACUUGAGGCCAACUUUUCCACACUCAUCAACAGUGGUGCACAAUUCGCAUCAACAAUGUUAG